AGCAUUGGGUGACUGAGAGAUGGGGGGCAUUAGCCCCCAGUUGCUGCCUCACCCCACGACCCAUUUAGAAAGGACUGGGCAGGGGUGGGGUGCCCCAGAGGCCUCCCCAAAUUGCCUGUCCCUGCAUGUUGUUUUCUGCAGCUGGCAGGGAGGAAGGGAGGGGCGGGCCAGGUGUCGAGUAGCGAGGAAGGGACAGGUGGGGGCAGAUGUGGGGACAUCUCCACAUUCAUGCCCAUCAGGGCCUCCCGUUUGGUGGAAACAGUAGAAACUGAACCCAGGCUGGCCAUGGCGAUCGGGUGACACGUGUGGGUAUAUAGGUGCCAGGGGCAAGUGAGGUUUCAGAGUCCUGCCCUCCCCCAGGUCUGAGAUGUGUGGGGAGGGGUGGGCAGGUACCCUUUCUGCACCCCCAGAGGCCCUGAGAACUCUGUUCCCUCUCCUAAUCACAGUGCCCCCACCCUAGCCUUAGUUUUGGACACCAGGGUCCCCAGGGUGGAGUCUGGGAGUCAUGACAAGAGGAAACAGGUAGAGCUUGAUGCCAGCAUCCCAGAAUGCUAAAAGCUAGAAUAGUGGGCUUCCAUGCUGUUGGAGUACCAGACUGUAAAACUGUUAGAAUAUCAGAAUCACAGAUAGUUGAAAUAUACAUCCCAGGUCAUUGAAUUCCCCUGAUAUUAAAGUGUUCAAAUAUCAGAAUCCUAGGUUGUUGAAAUACUAAAAUGUUAAAGUGUUGGAAUAUUAGAUUCCUAGGUUGUUGGAAUCCUAGAAUGUUAAAAUGUUUGAAUUUUGGAAUGCUAGGUUGUUGAAAUCCUUUAAUGCUAAGAAAUUCAAAUAUUAAAAUCCUACUUUGUCAGACUCCUAGAACACUAAAAUAUUAGAGCAUUGCUAAUCUAGGUGAUCAAAAUCCUAAAACAUAAAAUGAUAUGUGGGAACCUGGAAUGUAUAAUUCUAUAAUGCGAGCAUGUUGGAAUCGCAAAAUAGCCAAAUACUGGGAUCUUCUCAGACUGCUGGAAAUGAAUCCUUUGGGCUUCAGAGAAACAUGGGGCCAACUCCCCCAUUUUACAGACAAGGAAACUGAAGCUUAGAGAAAGACGUCCCAGGUGGUCAGGGCCAAGGCAGUUGUGGUCGCCUGCGGACCCUGUGUCACCAGCAAAAACAGGGCUUUGCCCAUCAACGCCCAAAUCUAGCAGGUCCAGCCCCUACCCCCAACUCAGUCGGCUCCGUGGGAAGCUGGGGGGGGGUGCAGGUUGUCCUGUGCGAGAAAUUUUUUGUCCAGUGGUCAAAUCCCCAGCCUGCCCCCCUCAGGCCUCACCGGAGUUUUAUUUUUCUGUCCUCCGGGUCCAGGUGUGUUAGGGCCCCUUUCCUUCCUUCCGAGGCCCCACCUGGGCAGUUUCACUUUCUGUUCUACCAGGUUUCAUUUCCUGCCCCCCCACCCCCAAGCUGGCGACCUGGACACCUGGGUUCUUUGAGCUUCGGGUGGGGGGCACCCUCCCUAUUUCCAGCCCUCUUGCUCUAGCUCCCCCCAUCCCCGUUCCCUGGAGUCCCCAAAUCCCCUCCUUCCGGCUCGCCCCGCCCCAAAGCUGGGCCUCCUGCCAGUUCCCUGAGUGUGGCUUCUACGGCCUUUAUGACAAGAUCCUCCUCUUCAAACAUGACCCCACAUCGGCCAACCUCCUGCAGCUGGUGCGCUCGGCCGGAGAUAUCCAGGAGGGCGACCUGGUGGAGGUGGUGCUGUCGGCCUCCGCCACAUUCGAGGACUUCCAGAUCCGCCCGCACGCCCUCACGGUGCACUCCUACCGGGCGCCUGCUUUCUGCGACCACUGCGGGGAGAUGCUCUUUGGCCUCGUGCGCCAGGGCCUCAAAUGCGACGGCUGCGGGCUGAACUACCACAAGCGCUGCGCCUUCAGCAUCCCCAACAACUGCAGUGGGGCCCGGAAGCGGCGCCUGUCGUCCACGUCCCUGGCCAGUGGCCAUUCGGUGCGCCUUGGCACCUCCGAGUCGCUGCCCUGUACGGCUGACGAGCUGAGCCGUAGCACGACCGACCUCCUGCCUCGCCGCCCCCCGUCGUCCUCCUCCUCCUCUUCUGUCUCAUCCUACACGGGCCGCCCCAUAGAGCUGGACAAGAUGCUGCUCUCCAAGGUCAAGGUGCCCCACACCUUCCUCAUCCACAGCUACACGCGGCCCACUGUUUGCCAGGCUUGUAAGAAACUCCUCAAGGGCCUCUUCCGGCAGGGCCUGCAGUGCAAAGACUGCAAGUUUAACUGUCACAAGCGCUGUGCCACCCGAGUCCCUAACGACUGCCUAGGGGAGGCUCUUAUCAAUGGAGAUGUGCCGAUGGAGGAGGCCACCGAUUUCAGCGAGGCUGACAAGAGUGCCCUCAUGGAUGAGUCAGAUGACUCCGGUGUCAUCCCGGGCUCCCAUUCGGAGAAUGCCCUCCACGCCAGCGAGGAGGAGGAAGGCGAGGGAGGCAAGGCCCAGAGCUCCCUGGGGUACAUCCCCCUAAUGAGGGUGGUGCAGUCAGUGCGUCACACAACACGAAAAUCCAGCACUACCCUGCGCGAGGGUUGGGUGGUUCAUUACAGCAAUAAGGACACGCUGAGGAAGCGGCACUAUUGGCGCCUGGACUGCAAGUGCAUCACACUGUUCCAGAACAACACAACCAACAGAUACUACAAGGAAAUUCCGCUGUCAGAAAUCCUCACUGUGGAGUCCGCCCAGAACUUCAGCCUCGUGCCACCAGGCACCAACCCACACUGCUUCGAGAUUGUCACUGCCAAUGCCACCUACUUCGUAGGAGAGACACCUGGUGGGGCCCCAGGUGGGCCGAGUGGGCAGGGGGCUGAGGCCGCCCGGGGCUGGGAGACGGCCAUCCGCCAGGCCUUGAUGCCCGUCAUCCUCCAGGACGCGCCCAGCGCCCCAGGCCAUGCGCCACACAGACAGGCUUCUCUGAGCAUCUCUGUGUCCAACAGUCAGAUCCAGGAGAACGUGGACAUUGCCACUGUCUACCAGAUCUUCCCAGACGAAGUGCUGGGGUCAGGGCAGUUUGGAGUAGUCUAUGGAGGAAAGCACCGGAAGACAGGCCGAGACGUGGCAGUGAAGGUCAUCGACAAACUGCGCUUUCCCACCAAGCAGGAGAGCCAGCUCCGGAACGAAGUGGCCAUUCUGCAGAGUCUGCAACACCCCGGGAUCGUGAACCUGGAGUGCAUGUUCGAGACUCCUGAGAAGGUGUUCGUGGUGAUGGAGAAGCUUCACGGGGACAUGUUGGAGAUGAUCCUCUCCAGCGAGAAGGGCCGGCUGCCCGAGCGCCUCACCAAGUUCCUCAUCACCCAGAUCCUGGUGGCUUUGAGACACCUUCACUUCAAGAACAUCGUCCACUGCGACUUGAAACCAGAAAACGUGUUGCUGGCAUCGGCCGACCCGUUUCCUCAGGUGAAGCUGUGUGACUUCGGCUUCGCGCGCAUCAUCGGCGAGAAGUCGUUCCGCCGCUCGGUGGUGGGCACGCCGGCCUACCUGGCGCCCGAGGUGCUGCUCAACCAGGGCUACAACCGCUCGCUGGACAUGUGGUCGGUGGGCGUGAUCAUGUAUGUCAGCCUCAGCGGCACGUUCCCCUUCAACGAGGACGAGGACAUCAACGACCAGAUCCAGAACGCCGCCUUCAUGUACCCUGCCAGUCCCUGGAGCCAGAUCUCGGCUGGAGCCAUCGACCUCAUUAACAACCUGCUGCAGGUGAAGAUGCGCAAGCGCUACAGUGUGGACAAGUCUCUCAGCCACUCCUGGUUACAGGAGUACCAAACGUGGCUGGACCUCCGAGAGCUGGAAGGGAAGAUGGGCGAGCGGUACAUCACGCACGAGAGUGACGACGCGCGCUGGGACCAGUUCGUGGCAGAGCAUCCGCUGCCCGGGCCCGCGCUGCCAGCAGACAGGGAGAUCGGCGGGGCGCUCCCCACGCAGGACCACGACAUGCAGGGGCUGGCUGAGCGCAUCAGUGUCCUCUGAGGCCGUGUCCUCGUCCGGCUGCCACCCUCGACAGCGGCCCUUCACACCAUCCUGGCAACGAACUGUCCUAGGGGAAGCGGCUUCCUGCCUGAACUGGAUGGGACACACAGGGGGUAGGGAAGGGGGAGCUAUUUCCAAAGGCCCCUCCCUGUCUCACCAACAAUUAAAACAGACUCAUCUCUGGCCUCGUGGCCUCGGUCUC